AUGUCCUUCCUCACCCCCAUCCGCGCAACUACCCUCCGCCUCUCCCGCCCUGCCUUUGCCUACACCACCACCACCUCUCCUGCAGCAGCUCUCCACACCAGCAUUCCUCGUCCAGGCUUGAAGGAAUCCGAUCACAACCGCGACGACCUCGCCAACAUCUACGAGGCCGAGAAACACGACCAAGUAAAGAGCAGCAAGGAAGGCAAAGCCAAAUGGAAGCAGGAAAUCGCUAGUGAUAGUGAGGCGUCGGUCAAAGCCGAUCGCGGCGAAGUAGACAGUGAUGAUAACAACUUCGGAGCCAUGCAGGAACGGACGAAAGGGUUGCCGAAUAGGGAUGGGCCCGUGAACAAGACUCAAUAA